AUGGAAUCGGAAUCUCUCGUUGGCUCUGAAGCUUUUUUGGUAAUUUUUAUUGAAAAUAAUAUGAAUUCACUGAUUUUUCUGUUUUAGGAACUUCGGAAAAAGUUUGCGGCCAGUAAAAAUCAAGAAACAGCCCUGGAAAUCUUGGAGCAACUCGUUUCUAUAGAACAUGAUUCGGUUAAUGAGUUCGUUUGAUUAAUAAAAAAAUUUUUUUGAAAAAAAUUGACUUGAAGGGACGCUUGGUUGGAUUGCAAGGACCUUCUGAGGAUCCUUUUUGACGCCCUUCCGGCGGCUUUUCUGUUGGAGAAAAAUCAGGUGGGUGGAAAAAUUGAUUAAUGUUUCAAAAUGUUAAUAAUUGGUUAACGUUUUAGUUGUUUGUCGAGUACUAGUAGGCAAAGUCGGAGGGACCCUCCGAGGGUCCAUAAAGGCUACUGGAAGGUUUUAUAGAAAUGCUUCCUUUUUGCUGCCUUUUUGCGCCAUUUUCUCGGCCCUUAUGCACCCUUUUUGCUGCCUCUCCUUUUUUCAUUCAUUUCUUGAGCCUUUAAAAUCCCAGAAAUAUGGUAGGCUUAAUAAAAGGACUCUUUUUCGCUGCCUUUUUGCUGCUUUUUUGAGCCUCUCCUUUUUAGCGGCCAUUAUUCAUCAUUCCGACUUUGCCCGAGCUACCAAAUUGGGCUUUAAAUUUCGACUGACUGGAUUUUUUUUCAGCUUUUUUUUCCGGUUCCAGAUAAGGAUAUCCAAAAUUGCUGAAUUUUAUCAUUUUUUCCAUCUUUUUUUUUUGUUGGUAUUUUUUGAUCUUUUUGAGGAUCCUUUUCAACGCCCUUCCGGCGGCUUUUUAGCUCGAGAAAAUCAAGUGGACAGAAAAAUGGAUCAAUGUUCUGUUUACUGUUUCAAAAUGAGGACAAAAAAAUAUUAAUGAAUAAUUGGUUAACAUUCAAAUGGUUGUUGAAACAUCGAUUGACUAAUUGAUUAUAGAUUUUUUUGGUUCCAAAUAAGGAUAUUAAAAAAACUGCGGAAGUUUAUUAUUUUUUUCACCUUUUUGGCCCUUUUUGAGGAUCUUUUUGACACCCUUCCGGCCGCUUUUAGUUUAAAAAAAUCAGAUAGAUAAAAAAUGGAUCAAUGUUCUGUUUCCUGUUUCAAAACGCAGACUAAAAAUAUUUUUUUAAAAAAAUAUGAUAAUUCUGACAUUCUAGGGAUUUUUCGAGUGUACUACCAAAUUGGGCUUUAAAUUUCGACUGACUGGAUUUUUUUUAGGUUUUUUUUUUUCAGUUAAUGUUAUUCAAAAUUGCUGAAUUUUAUCAUUUUUUUCCACCCUUUUUUUGGCUCAUUUUUUUGGUCUUUUGGCUCUUUUUGAGGAUUCUUUUCAACACCGUUUUACUAGAGAAAAAUCAGGUGGAUAGAAAAAUGGAUUACUGUUUUAAAAUGAGGACAAAAUUAAUAAUGAAUAAAUGGUUAACAUUCAAAUGGUUGUUGAAACAUCGAUUGACUAAUUGAUUAUAGAUUUUUUUUUUUUGGUUCCAAAUAAGGAUAUUAAAAACUGCGGAAGUUUAUUAUUUUUUCACCUUUUUGGCCCUUUUGAGGAUUUUUUUGACACCCUUCUGGCGGUUUUAAUUCAAAAAAAAAUCAGAUGGAUAAAAAAUGUAUCAAUGUUCUGUUUCCUGUUUCAAAACGAGCAUAAAAUAUUUAAAAACAUAUAUGAUAAUUAUGCUGACAUUCUAGGGAUUUUUCGAGUGUACUACCAAAUUGGGCUUUAAAUUUCGACUGACUGGAUUUUUUUUUCUUUUUUUCCAGUUAAUGUUAUUCAAAAUUGCUGAAUUUUAUCAUUUUUCCACCUUUUUGGCUCAUUUUUUGGUUUUUUGGCCCUUUUGAGGAUCCUUUUUCACGCUUUUCCUGCAAAUUUUCUACUCGAGAAACUUCAAGUGGAUAGAAAAAUCGAUCAAUGUUCUAUUUACUGUUUCAAAACGGAAACAAAGACAUUUUACGUCAUGAAAUUUUAUUAACUUUCUAGAUGUUCUAAUUUUCCUUGAUAACGGCAGAAAACUCUAGUGGCCACUCAAGAGGUUCCUUAACGGCUACUUGGAGAGGGCCCUAAAGUGGCCACUAGAACCACCUCUAUUCAGCGUCUUAGUGGCCACUAUAGUAGUUUUUAUUGAUCUAGUAAUGCCACUUAGACUCCUAAAGAGGUCACUAAAUUUUAGCCACUUAAGAGGCCACUAAUUCGACUACUAUAGUGGCCAUUAAAACGUGAAAACCCUAAAAAGGCCAAAAAAGGUUUUUUCGGAAAUUGCGAAUGAUUUUUGUACUUUUUAGUAAAGGAAUUUUGUUUUACUGUGUUCAAAAAAAGGGGAUUUCAGGGGAAAGUUCUCGCCUUUCUUCCCCUUUGAGAGGCCUUUUUUCUUUGUUCUGCGUCUCCCAUCGAUCGGUGGGAGUAGUCUGAGAUUAGCGUGAGAAAAACCUUUUUUUAUCAUUCCAAAAAAACUUUAAUUGUAAAUUUUUCAUUAAUUUUUUUCAUCUUUUUGAACUUGUUCUGGUUCUUUUUUUGCACUAUUGUAUUUUUCAAAAAAAUAAGAUUUUUUUCACGUUGUUUUGAAAUUUUUAUCACUUUCGGGUCUUUUUUUGGAGCCAGAAUUCUUCUUUAACCUUCAAAAGAAUACGCGGCUUUUUUUCUAAAUUUUCAAUUUUUUUCGUUUUUUUGAGCUUUUCUCCAGUUCCGAAUCAUCUUGGAAUUUUGAAAAAAAUUAGAUUUUUUUGCGGAUUUUUUUGUCAAUCUUUAAACUUGAUUAUCAUUUUUUUCCCAUCCUUCUUUCUCCAUUUUUUUGAGUAUUUUUUUCAACCCCGAUUUUCAUGUGAUUUAAAAAAAUAAUAUACAAAUUUUCUUAAAAUUUGAAAAAUUUUUCGUACCUUUUCCUCUUUUUUUCCCUUAUUAUUUUCCCAAUUUGAAGCUUCUCUUCCUGCAAGUGUUGCCAAAGGCUCCGGCGAACGUGGUGAGCGCAUUGGCCGACUUGAUUUCGGUGAAACAGGACGCCGGCCGAAUUUUGACCCAUUCAUCAUCGGCCGUCGCGAUCGCCUUCGCCAGGAGGAUCAACCAUUCGGAGACCUAUGAAGCGGUGAUUUUUUGUGUGACUUUGCUUAUUUCUAACUUGAAAGGUGCACUAAAGAAAACUGCCCAGUUCGACGCGAUAUCGCUGACGAUAUCGCGAAAACCCGCAUUUUUCUUAGCGCGAGCACGCACUCGAAAAAAAGAGAAAAUUUCCAAAACGCGAUGUCGCGCCGAGUAAGAUGCGAGACCGCCGCGACUGCAAUGCAGCACUUUUGCGAUGUCGCUGGCGCCACAUUAACGACAUCGUGAAUGAACCGCGCUUUUUGGCGCAACAUCGCGUUUCUCCCGCAUUCAAAAACAUUGAAAAAUAGAACGCGAUGUCGCGCCGAGUAACAUCUGAGACCGCCGCGAUAACAAUGCAACACUUUUGCGAUGUCGCUGGCGCCACAUUAACGACAUCGUGAAAGAACCGCGCUUUUUUGGCGCGACAUCGCGUUUCUCUCGCACUCGAAAUAGUUGAAAAUUAUCUCCACGCGAUGUCGCGCUGAGUCAUAUGCGACAGCUACAAUGCAGCACUCUUGCGAUGUCGCCAGCGAUAUCGCUUUUAUUCCGGCAGUUAUUCUCAGUGUACCUUUUCGAGUUUAUACAGCCGUUUUGGGUCGCUUUUGAAUUUCCAUUUUCGCUCCUUUUUUGACAAUUUCAAGAUCACCUUUUCUGAUAUAUUCACUAGGGGUCUUUAUAUUAUUUAAAUUUGUUUUUCUUCGUUUUUUUUUAGAUCUUUGAAUGUAUAGUCGAUUCAUGGCUAGCUUAGGGCUGCGGCAUGUCUGCGCCCUCCAUUAAGAAUGCACUAUCUCUCUUUUAUCGUCUUAAGACCCUUUUUUUCGAAGGCUCAAGCUCAUUUUCGAGUUUAUUGCAUAAAAACUGAAAUAAAGGGUUGUAGGUGAGUCGUCUACUUGCCCCGACCGUCUCCAAUCAGUUGGUAGUCGAUGAACUACUGGACCAGCUGAAAACGGCGGACAGUGAGCACAAGUUCAAGAUCUAUGAGGUUUGUGAGAAGUUUAGAUCGAGUUAUAAGGGAAAUUCUGAGAGGUCACUUUAGGGGUGAAGUUUAGAUUUUUUUGGAUCAAAAGUUAAUCUGUUGCUCUAGAAGAAGUCUUUGUGGGUUUACUUCUUAGGAUCGCCAGAGUGGCCCCUAUAGUGAUUCGGAGUUUUCACAAACGCUCCCUAGAGGGGAAUCUUCCAGAACCCCUAAAGGGACCACUCUAAAGCGUGGUUUUUUUUUUGAGUUUUGAAGUUGCAUUAUAAUAAACUUAGGCCUAAGUCUGUUAUUUGCAAAAUUAAAAAAAAAAUAUUUUUCCAAAAUUAAAAUUUUGUACCUUUUUCUAGAUCUUUCGGAGAUUUUUUAGCUAAUUUUCAGAGUUUUACACAAAAAUGAGCUCAUUUUUCGACAGUUUCUGUGGAACCAUCCAAUAUUAUUUAUUUAGGUCCUAUCUGAAAGUUUUCGCGUCGGGACCUUCCACCCAAACUUGGAACCCAUUUUGGCCAGUAUCGUCAAAGAGCUGGAUAAGUCGAAUCGCGAUGUGUUGACCCAAAUCACGGCGGUUGAGCUGCUCGGCCACGCGGCGCUGACCAGCCAAAACAGUGCCAGGAUUCUCGAGGAGCAUGGGAUUCCUGAUAAGGUGGGAUUGAAGCGAGGUUUUGAAAUUUCGGAACGGUUGUAGCCCAUAUUUCAUGAUUUGUAACCGUAUUUAGUCUUUUUCUAUUUUUAUUUCUCAUUUUUAGGAGAUUUUCUUGUGCUCAUGAUUUUUUUAGUGUAGAUUAUUCACAGAAAAUAAUAAAAAAUCGUUCAUUCUCUUGGUUUUGAAAUCAAUUUUUGAUGUUCAAAAGGAUGAAAGAUAUGUUCGGACGUGGUCCUGAAGAAGUUAUUGUAGAUUUUUGGGUCUUAUAUCCAAAAAUGUUUAAAAAAUAAAUGUUCCUCACGAAUUUUACCUGAGAUUUUAACUUGAAGAAAAAGAAGUUUUGAAGCGGUUCUGUUGGGACUCCUCCUGAAAUUUUGGAAAAUUUGAAAAACUCGGAAAAUUUUUAGUGGCCGCUAUAGUAGUUAAAUUAGUGGCCACUUUAGAGACCUGAGUGCUACUACUAGACCACUAAAAACUUUAGUGGCCACUUUAGGGGUCAAUGGAUCAACAUAACUGGUCCAAUCUGUUUGUUUUAAAUUUAUCAGAGUUUUUGGAAUGAAAACUGGAUGAAAAACUACUGAAGUGGCCACUGAAAUGGAAAAUAGUGGCCACUUUAGUGUCCUCUCCAAGUAGUCCUUGCGAGCCUCUAUAGUGGCCCCAAAAAUUUUCAGAAGAAAAUAAUUUUUGAAGGGUUCUAAAGAAGUUACUGUAGAAUUUUCACUGUAAAAAACUGUUUUUGAAAACGAAAAGCUCAGAAACGCUAUAGUGGUCCCUAGAGGGGUUAGGAAAAAAUAGCCUCUAUAGGGGACAAAAUAACGCUGCCUAGAGGGGUAAAAUCCAAGUGGCCUCUAUAAGGGUUUAGUGUCUGACCUCUGUGCCCCUAAAGCUUGAGUGGUCCCUAUAGGGAUCUUUCAAACUACUUACUUUUUUCUUAUUUGUGUGUUUUAGACACUUGAUCUUUUUCAUCUUUUGUGUUUUGUUAAUGUGAUUCAUCUGUUCGGGAAGCCCUAUUACAGAUUUUUGAUUAUUUCAUUUUUUUUCAAUGGAUUAGGAUCAUUGAUGCGAGAGUCUGAACCUUACGGACUCUGUUACUUUGAUCAUUUUUAAGAAUCGGAGCGAAAAAUUAGGAAAGAAACCAUUGAAGCUUGUUUUUCAACGUUCUGGCUUUGAUUUUAGACUUUGUGAAGGAAAAUUGGAAGAGAAGGGUUAUGGAAAUCUUUGAAAAAAAUUACAAGAAAAGUUAAUAAAAUUACAAAAAAACUUGUUUUGAAAAAUUUUAUCGAACAAUAAAAAAAUGUUUAGGAAUGCAAAAAGCAAAAUUGUAAGUAUUCCAGUGAACUCUGAAGCUUCAUUUAGUCCAUUUUUCAUGUUUUUUAAUUGAUUUGCUACCUUUUUCUUUUGGCUUUGACUAAAGCUUAUAAUGGGAAAUUUGAAGGAAAGGGUCAUGGAAAUCGUAGCAAAGUUACAAGGAAAGUUAUUACAUAAAAUUACAGUAACGUGUUCCGAAAGUUUUAUUGAACGAUGAAAAAUUUUUAGGAUUACAAGAAGCAAAAUUUUAAGGAUUCAGGUGAACUUUGAAGUUUAUUUAGUCAAUGUUUUAUGUUUUACAAGCAUUUUCGGAAAUUUGGAACGACUUUGCAUAUUUUUUCAUGAUCUAUGGUUUUUUUUCUAUUUUUUGUAUUUAUCUUACAUUUUAAUGAGAUUUUCUCAGUCCCGUCACAAUUCGGUGUAGAUUAUUCAUAGAAAAUAAUAAAAACGCGAUCUUUCUUCUCCACAAAAAGUCAGAAAAAUGCAUGAGAUUUGAACUCGUACAGGCCCUACGUCCAGUUUGAAACAAAAUAAAGACUUUAUCAAUCAGAAUUUCAUGAUUUUCACUUAAUUUUCAGAUUUACGCCCUGAUGAUGUUCGCCAAAGAAGCCCCUGACGCGACUUAUGUCUAUCCCGGUUUGCAACCGAGACCGCCCAUUUUGUUAAUCUAUCCUCCCAUUUUCCGGCUGUCUCCGGUGUCUGGCCAACUUUUUCCGCUUCUAUCCGCAAGCCAUGGACAAAUUCCCCGAUUUUCCGGGUCAUAUCAUCGAUUCGGUUCGUUUCAAGUCAUCAUCAUAAGCAUUUAUUCGAAAAAUUGCCCAAAUGGGAAGUCUUGGAAUUUUCUACAAAUUCGCACGAACACUCUCUGAAUGUCUAGAUGACGGUUCCUAAAGUUGCUACCUGCGCAAAAACUCCUUGUAUCUGAGGUAUGAGCUCUUAGAGUUUGCGUUUAACACAGACACGGCGUUUUUUUGGCGACGGCCCGUCCAUAUUUUUUCCGUAAAAUGUAGUGUGUCGUGUGCAUACACUGCGCCGCUCUGGCACUCUAACAAAAAUGAGCCCCUGGGGCAACCGGUCGGAAAACCCCUGGGGCAACCGGUCGGAAAUAAAAAGUUUUUUUUGAGCUACCGUAACGACCUAGGAUGAAACGGUACAAAAUUGUGAUAUUGGAAAACAAACCACUUCGAAAUCCUGUAUGGAAAACUCUAACAAAAGUUGUGGUGCACCCCGCGUCGGACUCUCGUUGCACCCCGCAGUGUAACCAGGGGUGCACCCCGUUUAGCUUCAAAUGCCUAUUAAGGUACUUUUUCCAUACAGGAUUUCGAAGUGGUUUGUUUUCCAAUAUCACAAUUUUGUACCGUUUCAUCCUAGGUCGUUACGGUAGCUCAAAAAAAACUUUUUAUUUCCGACCGGUUGCUCCAGGGGUUCACCCCAUUCAGUUCCAACGCGGGGUGCAGCGCAAACAUCAACCAAAAGUUCACUUUUUUCGGGGUUCACUGCGGGGUAAACCCUCAUUUUUGUUAGAGAAAGUACCUUAAUAGGCAUUUGAAGCUAAACGGGGUGCACCCCUGGUUACACUGCGGGGUGCAACGAGAGUCCGACGCGGGGUGCACCACAACUUUUGUUAGAGCACAGGCCGCGUUCAACGUAAUUUUCGCGAACUGAAAUUCAGUUAUAUUUUCCACUUUCUGGUGGCUAUUUUGAAUUUCGCGGAGUUACUUUCAACAUGGCUUGUGUUUUAAAACAAAACAAAAAACAGAAAAAUCGCGUUUUUUUUAAAUGAGAUUCGUCUCGGGACCUAUUGGAUGCGCCUUUAAUAUUUCCUAUUGUUUUCCUAUGACGUCACAUGGGAACGGCGGAAAUUUUGACCACGCCCCCUAAUUUUUAGUUUUGCAUUUUCUUCCACUAACGCCGUGCAGAAUUAGACCGCACAAUGAGGUCAUUUUAAUUUGCGGCUUGGAAUUUUUUAAAAUUCACUUAAAUAGUCUUUGAAAGUUUUUAUAAAGAUCCAUCAAAGUUGCAAUCCACAAAAGCUUCUAGUUCUUAAGAUAAACAAUUUUGAAGGCCGAAAAGUUAGGCCUAAUAUCCAUUUUUCGCAACUUUGAAGGAUUAUAUCUUAAGAACCAGAAGUUUGCGUAGGUAGCGAUCAUUAGGGAUCUUUUUCUAGACCUACAGAGAGUGUUUGAGAAAAUUUGUAGAAAAUUAAAAACCGAAAAGUAAAAUGACCUCCCUUGUUAGGAUCCGAAUUAGGGCUUUAGGAAUUUUCGAAAAAAAAAAGAAGGAAUGGACCUAAGUCGUUCAGAUAUUCAUAAAGUCAGUCCGAAUAUUGAAAAAACUAAAAAUUAAGUGAAUAAUAUAACUCAAGGACUUCAAAGAGUCCUUAAGGACUUUUCGAAAAAGCGAAAGUCGUGAAUUUUAGGCCUAAAGAAGUUCAUAAGAUCUCUAGUAGUUUGAAUACCGAAGUUCUUAUUACAGUAAAGAAAAGUAAAGUGGAAGCUUUUAUACAAGUUCUGAAACGGAAAAAUCAUGAAAUUGAAGGAUUUCAAAACUCUCAAGAUCGUUAUUAGUCCAAUAUAGUCUGUGUGCCAGGACUUUAAAUUUAACCGAACGACAUCCCGCUGUUCCGCUGCGUGCGUUUGCGAAGCGUCUUUCGAAUCUAGGUCACGCUUUCAAUUGAUUGUUAUUGCUGUGGGAGCACAUGAAAGUGGAGUACCUUGAUGAAUGAAAAAAAAUUGAAAGCCCGACCAAGGUUCGCAAAGGCGCGUAGCGGAACAGCGGAAUUUCGUUCCGUGAAUUUCAAGUCGCGGUACACAGGCUAUACUAGGAAGAACGUUUGCCCGUUGACUCUGAAAGAAGAAAUUGGCGCUAAUUCUAGAAAUGAGACCUAAUUUUUAUCUUCUGUGUUGAGUUGACUAUAUAGAACGUAUAUUCCGAAUAAAUUUCAUGAAAAAAUAUAAGUUCUUAUUGACAUGAGUAAAAUUUUUUUCACGCUCCUUUUAAACGAUUUCAGAAAAAUUUAUCAUGCUUUUACUGCAGUUUUUUUCAUCAAGUUUUAAUUUUUUUAAAGGAUGUUUUUUUAGAUAAUCGACGAUAUUAAAUUUUUUUAAUUUGAUCGGAAGUUCUGUGAAAAAAAUUCACACAGGAAGCGCACUUUUCUUUUUAAUAUUAUCUUGUUUCAAUUUUUUUCCGCAAGAAAAAAACUUAAAUGCCAGUUUUUUUAAGGUCUUUUUUUGUUAGGGAAAAAUUGGGGAGAUCCGAAAAUUUUUUUAUAAAGAGUUACGAAUUAUUACCAUUUUUUUCUAUUCUAAAAUAAUAAUAUCCCAUUAAAAAUGUCAUUUUUUUGAAGGAUUUUUCCGUCGAAAUUAGACGAGAUUUGAAUAUUUUGUAAAAUUUGAAGUUAGAAAAAAAUUCAUGAUUUUUUUAUUACAAAAGCAAGUUUUUCUUUCAUUAGUUUCCUGUUUCAAUUUUUUCAGAAAUUGAUUAAAAAGUUAUAAUUCUUUUAAAUCUUGAAAUGCCAGUUUUUUUAGGGUAUUUUUUUAACGAAAAUUCGGAAAAAUCCCAAAAAUUUUCUUUUAAAGAACUAUGAAUUAUUAUCAUUUUUUUCUAUUCUAUAACUAUAAUAAUUCCCUAUUAAAAUGUCAGUUUUUGAAGGGUUUUUUUGCGGAAAUUUGAAGAGAUUUGAAUAUUUUGUUGAAUUUAAAGCUCAAAAAAAUUUAUUAUUUUUUUAUUACGAAGCAAGUUUUCUUUUUAUUACUUUCCCGUUUCAACUUUUUCCCAGAAAUGGAUAAUAAUUUCAAGGUUAAACAUUUCGACCUUCUGGACGCUUCCAGCCGCGAAUUGGCCUUUGAAUCUUUCGCCAACUUGGCCUAUACCGAAGAACGCAAGGAGCAUUUGGUCAAAACUUUGGGUUAGAUUGAUGUUUCCCUAUAAAUUUAUUAAGAAAAGUUUUCAGGUGCCGAAACGAUCAAAACUGUUCUGGAGGCGUACGGAGCUGCGAUCAAUAGUGGACCCUUGGAACUGCGCCAGAAAAAUAUCGAAGCGGCGACUGUUUUGUUCGAAAAUGGUAUGAAGCGAGGGCGGGAUUUAAAUGGGGACAGUCGAAAAAAAUAAUUUUUUCUGAUUUCGGAGCAAUUUCUCCGCAUUUUGAGCCAUUUUCCGUUUUUUUUAAAGAGAAAAAUUAUUAAAUUCACAUGAUUUUGGAACUUUGCCAGAAAAAUAUCGAAGCGGCGACGGUUUUGUUCGAAAAUGGUAUGAAGCGAGGGCGGGAUUUAAAUGCGGGAAAUUAGCAGUGAAAGUCAAAAAAUUUUUUUUUCUAUUUUGACCCAUUUUUCGUUUGGAAAAAAAAUAAUUACGAAACUUAGAUUUUUUCCAUGAUUUUGGAACGUCAAAAAAAUGAGAAUUUUUUUCCGAUUUUGAGACCUUUUUUUGCAUUUUGAGCCAUUUUUUUCGUUCCCACCUUAGGAGAAAAAUGUUUCAUUUCACAUAAUUUUUUUCGAAACUUUGCCAGAAGCGGCGACUAUUUUUUUAGAAAAUGGUAUGUAAGGGGGAUUUUUAAAUCAAUUUUGAGCUUAAAUUAAAAAUCAAAAACUUCUUAACAGAAUAUAUAUAUUUUUGUAGCGAGUUUAGAAGUUUCGCAACAGCUUGAAAAUGUGGGAAAAUUGAUAUUUCAAUCCAAAAUUAAGGUCUUCCGAGAGUUCAUAAAGUUUAAAUUGUUCCAAAAAUGUUCAAAAAAAGCUUUUUUUUCCCCCGGUUUUAGAACCUUUUCUUUGCAUUUUAAGCCAUUUUUCUUUCUCAUCUUAUGAGAAAAGACGGAAUUUAAAUUAUUUCCAUUUUUUGGAGUUUUGCCAGAAAAAUGAAUGAAGAGGCAACUGUUUUGUUCGAAAAUGGUACGAAAUGAGGGUUUCGAAAUUAGUUUUGAGCUUGAAUUUAAGUCAGAGUUCCUUAAGAGAAUUAAGCUGAAGUUAUUCAAAAUUAUCAGGAAAAGCUGGAAAAAGGAGCAUUUUUUUUAGAUUUCGGAAUAUUUUUUCCGCAUUUUGAGCCAUUUUCGUUUUCACCUUAUAAGAAAAAUGUUCGGAUUCACAUAAUUUUGGAACAUUGCCAGGAGCGGCGACUAUUUUGUUCCAAAAUGGUACGAAAUGGGGAGUUUCGAAAUUAUUUUUGAGCUUGAAUUAAAGUCAGAGCUUCUUAGAAUAAUAUAUAUUUUUUCUGGAAGAAACUAUAAAUUUUAGUGAGAUAUCCAAAAUUAAGGUCCUCUGAUAGUUCAUAAAGCUGAAAUUGUUCAAAAAUUGUAUGGGAAUUGAAAAAAAGAGCAUUUUUUUCUGGUUUUUCAAAACAGCAUCUAUAACCCGUAAAUUAUUCAAGACCGCUUUCUUCUUUUUUAAAAAAAAAAAGUUUUUUCUCCUUUAAUUAGCCCAGAAAAGAACCUAUUUGAACCCUUUAGUGAUCACUUGUGUCGUUUUAGUGUUUUUUGAAUUUAAUUAAUGGUCAGGAACGAGAUUCUGUUAUUGAUCAUAAAAUUGCUUGCUGAGUUUCUAAAACCAAGAGUUUGAAACAGGGAAAUGAUCUUCGCUCCAAGACCUGUAUAAUAUAUAGCCAUGCUCCUUUAAUAAACCCAGAAAUUGGAUUUUAUUCAUUUUUUAUAGAACCUGACGUGAUCCUGCUUUCAAAAAUGCUAAGGUCCCGUGAAAUGGACUUAUUUGAACCCUUUAGUGAUCACUUGAGUAGCUUUAGUGUGUCUUCGAAUUCGAAGAAUUGUCCGGGAGGCGAUAUGAGCGUACUAUACUGAUCAUAAAACCGCUUGCCGAGUUUCUAAAAGCAAGAGUUUGAAACAGGGAAAUGAUCUUCGCUGCAAGACCUUUAAAAAAAUAUAUAUAUAUAUAAUCAUGCUCCUUUAAUAAGUUCUUUAAAUUAAGUAAUUGUCAGGAAGGUGUUACGAGAAUUAAAUUGUGACUACAAAAUGGCUUGCGGAAGCUGAGUUUUUAAAACCAAGCGUUUGAAACAGGAAAAUCAUCUUCGCUGCAAGACCUUUAUAGUAUAUAGCCAUGCUCCUUUAAAAAGCCCAGAAAGUUGGAUUUUAUUCAUUUUUACAGAAUCUGGCGUGAUCGUGCUUUCAAAAAUGCUGAAGUCCCGUGAAAUGGACUUAUUUGAACCCUUUAGUGAUCACUCAAGUAGCUUUAGUGUGUCUUUGAAUUUGAAGAAUUGUCCGGGAGGCGAUAUGAGCCUACUAUAGUGAUCAUAAAACCGCUUGCCGAGUUUCUAAAACCAAGAGUUUGAAACAGGGAAAUGAUCUUCGCUGCAAGACCUUUAUAAUAUAUAGUCAUGCGCCUUUAAUAAGCCCAGAAUCCUGAAUUUUAUCCAUUUUUGCAGGAUCCGACGUGCUCUGCGCAUCUUGGUUCAGCGCCAUCGGCGACCCUUUCCCACAUUUGAUGAUUUCCGCGGUGAAAAAGCCAUUUUCCGAGUUUCGAAUGGCCAUUCUGAAGUUUUUGAUCACCUUGUUCCAAUAUCCGACGAUCAUCUUGAUGUUCAUCCGACUUGAGGGGUGAAUUUUGAAUUUUUAAAGAGAAAAAUUUGAAAAAAAUGUACUUUUUUUAGGAAAAUCUUGAAAAAAAGAGUUUUUGGGCGACAGAUUCGAAUCUAACCGUAGUACAAAUUUAACAUCAGAAACUCUGAUUUUUUUGAUAGAAAAAUACAGAAAAAUUUUUCGGUUUUUUUCUCAUUUUUUUUAGCUCAACUUGUAACAAUUAUCACAGUUUUUUUGUAUGGAAUUUUAAAAAAACCAAUUUUUUUCCAAUUUUUCUUUCUCUGCGAAAUUUUUCUAGUUCCUAGGAAAAAUAAAGCUCGAACUUUAUGAAGAGUCUAUUUUACUAGAUUUUGAUGAAUUUCUCCUACUUUUUUUGAAAAAAAGUUUAAAAAAAGUCAAAAAAAUCUGGUCCUUUUUUUAAAAAUGUCCCGGUGGAGUUUUUCUGAUUUUUUUCUGAUUUUUCUGGAAAAAAAUUUUUUUUAAUCGAAAAGGUUGAAAAUUGGAUGAAACGUUGUUGAGAAUAACUUUAGGGCCUUUUUGAUUACAAUAAAAAAAUUAGUUGAAGUGUAAUUUUUUUUCUUUUUGAGACCGUCUUGAAGUCGGUAUAUUUUCAAAAAAAAAACAUUUUUUUUGUAUUUCGGUUAGGAGGUCUUCGAGCACUUCUCAGUGAAGUCUGAAAAAAAAAACAAAAAAAUCGAUAAUCAAAAAAAAAAACCAGAGAACGACUCGGAUCUUGGUAAUGCGAAUCGGACGCGUGGGGGCAUUUCUAGUGACCACUUUAGUAGCCUCAGAACUCUUAAGUGAUCCCUAGAAUUGCCCAGAAACGUCUGUUUGGCGUUACCAAUGUCCGAGAAGAAAAACCAAGAAAAGCUCGGACAUUGGUAACGCGAAGCGGACGUGCUCCGGACGUUUCUGGGCGAUUCUAGGGAUCCCUUAAGAGUUCUGAGGCUACUAAAGUGGUCCCUAGAAAUGCCCCGACACGUCCGAUCCACGUCCCGUUCGCGUUACCAAGGUCUGAAAGAAAAAAGAUGGCAAAGAAUGUUGUCCAUGGAGCAACUUUGCUGCAAAACGCCAUUUUGACGGGAGUUCGAACUUUUUUUUUCCUGAUUUUACUCUGGAACUAGGAAUUUCUGUUCGCAUACCGUUUGACACGCAAUAAUGAACCUAAAAAUAGCACAUUUAUUUCAAAAAAUCAUUUUUUUUUUUACUUUCCUUGUUAAAGAUUUUUCUUCCAGAUUCACGGACUGGCUCCUGAACCUGUCGACGGAGACCGAGUUCCAGCUCGCCUGCACCAAAAAAGACGUCGUCCGGGCGAUUCUGAAGGCCGCCGAAAAGGACUCGAACCUCCUGGAGGGACAUUUGGUGCAGAAACUCGAGAGUUACCUGUCUCCGCCCUCGUCUUCCGUCCCCACCGUUGAACUUGCCCUUUAG